GUCAAAAAUCCGCAAUCUUUCAUUCACUCACACUCACAGUUCGUGUCGAGGACAACAACUCACUACCUCUGUUUCUAUCUGACCGGGAUUCUGAAUCACUUAACUACAUAAAAUCAUUUCAGCACCAUGACCAGAUAUCAUGUCAUCCUAUGUAUACUUUUCCCUGCUAUACUCGAGGCGAAACUGUAGGCAGCUACAACAGCUCUAUUUGCAUUGACUCCACUAAGCCAAAAUGACUUCAUCGUCUAACAAUGAGACCGGGAGUGAUAUGUCAGAAUCUCUGGAAGUCUGCGAAUUCGAGGGACAAUAUGGAGAUCCGGGUGGUUACUACAAAUCCAAAAGCCUGCCCGUUCUUAACGGAGACUGUCCUAACGUUAAUGAGUCGUUGGAACCAAGGAUGCUCAAUACUAUGCAGACUUUAGUAAAUACCAACCAGUGCUUGGCGUUCACCGAGCCGCGACAGAAAGGAGACUUGUGUGAACUGGAAUCACCCACCAGGACAGAUUUCUCCCCUUCCAUGUCCAGUAUGGUGAGUUUAAGUAGCUACAUGAGAACUGAAGCCAACCGAGCAGGUGGCAAAAAAAUAGGCUUUUCACUGGCAAGAUUCAUCCGCUUUCCUGCAAGAAAGUACAUGAGGGUGAUUCUGUCAGACUCCAUGUGUUUUCUGUUCUGUAUGUGUUACCUGACGUUCAUCCAGUCGUUGAUGGUCUCGGGCUAUCUUAGUAGUGUCAUCACCACUAUUGAGAAGAGAUACAGCCUUAGAAGUUCAGAAUCGGGACUGUUGGUUAGCUGCUUUGACAUUGGAAGUCUUUUGGUGGUGGUCUUCAUCAGUUAUUUCGGCGGUCGAGGACAGAGGCCACGCUGGCUGGCGGUAGGAGGGGUGUUCAUCGCCGUGGGAGCAGCUCUGUUCUCCCUUCCGCAUUUCAUCUCUCCAUCUUAUCAAAUCCAAGAGGUCAAUUCGUCCACAGGGAACGGGGGCCUGUGCUCAAAUGGGAUUGGGAGCAGAAAGGAUGCUCUGGAUGUGUCAUCCUGUCCAAGGGACCAAGAGGGCAACGAUCACUCUAUAUAUGUUGCCCUGUUCAUCUGCGCCCAGGUCCUGGUGGGCAUGGGAUCCACUCCUAUCUACACGCUUGGACCAACGUACCUGGAUGAUAAUGUGAAGAAGGAGAAUGCUUCCCUCUACCUUGGUAAGAAACUUCUUUGUGGUUUUGUGCCAUUGUCUACUUAGUUUUGUGCUUCUGUUUUUACUUUUGUUGAUGAAAGGAUGAUCUUUAAUUUCUAACAUCAUAGUUAAGAGUGUCAUCGAU